AUGAUUCAAAAUUUUAAAGUUCAUUCCGAAGAAGACUUUUUCGAUAAUGGAGAGGAAGAGGUUCUAAAUUUCUACAAGAUGAGCCGAAAAUUAAAACAAGAUACUCACAACAUUUAUGCUAGACUGCAAUCAAUUAAAGAAGAUUCUAAUUUUGUUUCCUACGUUUUUAAAAUUUAUUCACUAGUACCAAAAUUUGCAAAUUUGAGAUGUGGAUUGUGGUAUCAUCAUAGUUUUGAUUCAACUUGUUAUUUUAAAUCUACUGAUGGACACAGUUAUCAUUGGCAAUUUUCAUUGAAUAGAUUGAAUCUACAUGUUUUAAAAACUGCCCUUAAGAAGGAAUGUUUAAUGAUUGUUGACUCAACAAGAAAGGGAAAAUUAUUUCCUGAUAGUUUUUCAAAAACAAUUCCAAUAUGGUGCUGUGUUAUGAAUAAGGUAUUGAGUUAUUUAAAAUUUGGAGAAAAAAAAUCAAAUCUUAAACUUCCAACAUGGGUUCAUGAUACAGAGAAAAUUCAAAUUGAAGAAAGGUUAGAGAGCUGGGUUGAUUUUGUUUUAAAUAGUGGUCUAGAUUUGAAAGAAUUUAUUGAAAUGUAUACUAAACCUCUCCAAUGUGUUUGGAUAAGCAGAAGAACAGAAUUGGAAAAUACCUCCAAGUUUUCUCUCGAAGGGUUAGAUUUUAUUCCUAUUAUUUUAGUGAGUGCAAGUGAUCCAGAUCAUCCAAUCAAAACAACUAGUUGGGUUUAUAUUCAAGGUGCCGGAGAUGAUCAUGAUAUUGAACUCUCACGUGGAAAAUGUGUUUUCCUUAUUGAUAGUAAGAAGCACAAGAGGGGUUUGGAAGAAGUUUUAGGUGAAAUUCUAUAUUUUAUAGAACAAGAAUUGGAAAAGGAAAUGAAUGUGUAUGUACUUGGAAGGACUGGAAAGAAUGAAGAAAUUGUUGUUGGAUUGGCAGCGAUGUGCUCUCUUUUCGAUUCAGACAAUAAUUUCGAAAAAAACAAACAAAAUAGAGAUUACACAAGGCAACAUUUAUGUGAUAAACAAAUGAUAAGAAAGAAAUUAAUGUACAUACAAUCAUUUAUUAAUGAUGCAUCUCCUUCCAGGAGCAUGAUGAAAUCCCUCAACAGACAUUUACUCUCUUAA